GCAGUAGCCAAACGAAAAAAAAAAUUCUCGAUCCGCAUGCUAAAAACUUGUUCACUCCGCUUUUCAAGAGGCAUCUUUCCCAGUUCUCCAUCACGAUUAUUCGGAUCCGUACGCUUUAACCAGACCCAUUACCGAUUCCAACAUACGAAAAUGUCUUCUGACGAGAUUGUUCACCCCACCAUCGUUGAUGGCUGGUUCCGCGAAAUCUCCGGCAUGUGGCCUGGCCAGGCCAUGACCCUCAAGGUCGACAAGGUCCUUCACCACGAGAAGAGCAAGUACCAGGACGUUCUUGUCUUCAAGUCCACCGACUACGGCACCGUUCUCGUUCUCGACAACGUCAUUCAGUGCACCGAGCGCGAUGAGUUCUCUUACCAGGAGAUGAUUACACACCUCGCCAUGAACUCCCACCCCAACCCCAAGAAGGUUCUUGUCAUUGGUGGCGGUGACGGUGGUGUUCUCCGCGAGGUUGUCAAGCACGACUGCGUUGAUGAGGCCAUCCUUUGCGACAUUGAUGAGGCUGUUAUCCGUGUCUCCAAGGAGUUCCUCCCCGGCAUGGCUGCUGGUCUUACCCACCCCAAGAGCACCGUCCACAUUGGUGACGGCUUCAAGUUCCUUGAUGAUUACAAGAACACCUUCGAUGUCAUCAUCACCGACUCUUCUGACCCUGAGGGCCCUGCCGAGAGCCUCUUCCAGAAGCCCUACUUCCAGCUUCUCCACGAUGCCCUCCGCGAGGGUGGCGUCAUCACUACCCAAGGUUGUAUGUCUCUUUUUCUCAAGGGAAAGCCGCUCGAGUCUUUCUCACACAAGUCGAUGGUAUAAAAUUGGAAUACCGCUUUACCGUCUUGUGAUAGAUGCUCUAGGGCUUUACCCAGCGCAAGUGCCGCUUCCCCCCGCUCUCGCCUCGGUAGUCCGCGGACAGAGCAGAGCCACAGUGGCCGACAUUGCACGUUCAUAGUGCAUGAAGGUAUCCACCGCUGUUUGGCCUCUUUCUUUCUUUCUGCGACCCUAUACUACAUUAUAUGAUAUGAAACUGUAGCUAACCAUUGUGAUGCCUCUUACAGCCGAGAACCAGUGGCUUCACCUCCCUCUUAUCACCCAGCUCAAGAAGGACUGCAAGACCAUCUUCCCCACUGUCGAGUACGCCUACACCACCAUUCCCACCUACCCCUCCGGCCAGAUUGGCUUCAUGGUCUGCUCCAAGGAUGCUACCCGUGACCUGAAGACCCCCGUCCGCAGCUGGACUGCCGCCGAGGAGGAGGAGAAGUGCAAGUACUACAACUCUGAGAUCCACAAGGCCAGCUUUGUCCUCCCCAACUUCGCGAAGAAGGCCCUUCAGUAAAUUUUGAUGACGAUCAAAUGCAAAGCGUGAAUUAAAAGGUGUCUUGGAACGAGUUAGCGGAAGAUUUUGGUUUUAUUAGGAUAUAUAGAAUCUUGAAUGGGAAAACUCCAUGUUACUAAAGAUUUCCUCUGUUUCUUUUGUUUUGUACAAUUCACUAGCUCUACUACCCCGAUACCAUUCCGGUUGAGCUUGAAAGCUGGUUACUGUAUAGCAUUCUCUUUUCAUCCUCAAAGGUUCUCCUCAAAGCUGACGCCACUGGCGCUGACGUCAGGAUACACAUCGAAUCGGCGUUGCGUGUUUAAAGGGAUGUUGCUACGCGAUUCAUCAAUGUUGGCGCCAAAGAGCUCAGCUUCCACAAUAGUCUCUUUCUCAUCAGCCUCCACAAGCACCUUGGCCAUAGGAUCAACGAUCAUGCUGUGGCCCCAAGCAUGGUAUGAAGCAGUCAUAUCACGCGCAGGACUGCACAUGGCGACGUAGAUCUGGUUGUCAAUAGCACGUCCACGGGCCAGGAGCUUCCAGUGGAGGUCGCCAGUGGUCAGGUUGAACGCACCGGGGUAAACCAAGGCAAAGGCUCCUUUACGGGCAGCAACCAUGGCGAGCUCGGGGAAGCGUACAUCGUAGCAGAUGGCAAUAGCGAUGGAUCCGUACUCGGGAAGGUCAACAAGAGUUACCUUGUUUCCUGGGCUCAGCACAUCAGACUCCUUGAACUUGAUCUUUCCUGGGAUAUCAAUAUCGAACAGAUGCACCUUGCGAUGAGUACUGAUGUGCUUUCCCUGGGGAUCAAACACCAAGCAAGUGUUGUAGUACUUCUUGUUUUCGGGGUUCAGCUCCGGGAUCGAUCCUCCAACAAGGUAUACACCAUUUGCUCGCGCCAUCUCAGCAAGGGCGUGGAAUGAGGGAGCCGCCUCUUGUGUUGGGGGCGAUGGCUGCAAGACUUCGGCAUAGCUUGGGAAAAAGUCACAACCGUACGGCGAGUUGAAGCAUUCUGGCAGAACAACAAUCUUGGAUCCAGACUUGGCUGCCUUGCUGACUUGUUCGGCGGCGCGUGCGAGAUUUGCGGCUUUAUCAGCACCCGAUGCAAGCUGCACGCAGGCAAGCUUGACGGACUGCUUGAGAACAGACGACGACAUGGCGCGGCGGAAGAUCUGUAGUUGUUGGCGGUUUGCGAAGGCGGUAGUAGGGGUUCGUUUGAACAGAAUAGAUGCAGGUUUCAAGAUGUGUCGCCAGGUGUUCAUGCCGAGUAGAAGAGCGAGAUGUCAAGUUGUUGGCAAUGUUGCGACAUCGGUGGUGGUGGGGGAAGACGGAGUUGGUCCACCGAUGGAGAGAGAGCCGCUUCGGUGCG